AUGUCACCUCCAAGUUCUAAAAAUUCAGGUAAAAAUAUCGAAACAGAAAUAGUUUUACAAGCGGUUGUUUUGGCUGAUAGCUUUAAUGAACGAUUUCAUCCUAUAACUUUUGACACACCACGAUGCUUAAUGCCUUUAUGCAACACACCUUUAAUCGAGUAUACACUUGAAUUCCUUGCUGUUGCUGGUGUUCAAGAAGCUUACCUUUUUUGUAGAGAACAUGCUGAGAAAAUAAGGAAUUAUAUCGAGUAUGCCUCGAAAUGGAAUCGAUCUUAUUCUCCAAUUAAGAUCUUUACAAUUUUUACACCUGAAGCUCGUUCACUUGGUGAUGUUUUACGUGAAGUUGAUGCUAAACAAUUAAUUAGUUCAGAUUUUAUUCUUAUUAGUGGUGAUGUUGUGUCUAAUGUUCAUUUGGAAAAGGUGUUAAAAGAGGCCAGUCCUUUCCAUCGAACCAGAGCUGUAGGUGAAUCUUCAAUUUUUGCUGUUGAUGCACAAACAAAAGAAUGUUUGCAUUAUGAAUCAGUUGAAGUGUAUCCACGCAAACAACACAUGGUUAUGGACAUGAGUAUAUUUGAAAAGCAUUCAGAUGUUGAAAUUAGGAAUGAUUUGAUUGAUUGUCAGAUUGAUAUUUGUUCAGUUGAAGUGCCAGCAUUAUUUACAGAGAACUUUGACUAUGAAGAUAUCCGAAAAGAUUUUGUUUAUGGUAUUCUAACAUCUGACAUAUUAUCCAAGACGAUCUACUGUCAUAUUGUUGAGGGUACUUAUGCUGCUAGAGUUCGAGGCCUGCAAACAUAUGAUACCAUCAGUAAAGAUAUUUUAUCUCGAUGGACAUAUCCUAUUGUACCAGAUAGUAACCUUCAAGAAGGUGAUAGUUAUGAAUAUUUACGUGGUCAAAUCUACAAGGAGAAGGAUGUGUCAUUGUCAAGAUCAUGUUUCCUUGGUGAAAAAGUAUUAAUAGGUGCAGGAACCAAAAUUGCUGAAAAUACAGAAAUAACUAAUUCUGUUAUUGGUAGAAGGGUUAGCAUUGGCCCCAAUGUUAAUAUUGAUGGAGCUUAUAUAUGGGAUGAUGUGAUCAUCAAGUCUAAUUGUUCAAUCACUUGUUCUAUUUUGACAAAUAAUGUUAUUCUACAAGAAAAUGUAACGGUGAAUAAAGGAUGCAUACUUUCUCAUGCUUACACAAAAAUAUCAAGACAUAGUAAGAAAGCUGUAGAAGAUUUUGAUGAUGACAAUGAUGACAAUGAUAAUUGUGAAAAGAAUAUAGAUAAAAAUGUUGAUAUUGAUUAUGAUUAUUCUGUUAUUGGCGAAAAUGGGAAAGGAUAUGUUUGGAUUGAAAAAUUUUAUGGUGAAGAAGAUGAUGAAGAUUCUUUAAAUACUUUUAGAAAUGCUCAAGUUUCAUCUUUGGAUAGUGAAUCAUCAAUAUCUGUUAUUAGUGAUGGAUCAUCAGAUGAAGAAAGUGAUGUGGAUGACCACCAACAAUCCAACAAAGAAAAUUUUUCAAAUGAAGCAUUGCAAACUUUAGAGCGUGCUUUCUCUGAAAAUCAUAAAGUAGAAGAUACAUUAUUGGAAUUGAAUACAUUAAGAAUGGCAUACAAUAUUUCUAUUUAUGAUCUACGUAGAGUGGCAAUCCCCACUAUACUAAGUCAAAUCAAUACAGAGAAAUUAUGGCAAAGCACAAAAAAUGUUUUGCUUGGCUGGGGGCCUUUAAUUGAUAAAUUGAUUCAAUCAAAGAAUGAUCAACUUGAUUCAUUAUACAUAACACAAGAAUACUGUUUAAAAGAUGAAAGUUAUAUCAAAAUCUUUGCUUUAUCUCUUCGUAUUUUUUAUGAAGAUGAUGUGAUUGAAGAAGAUGCUAUUUUGGAAUGGUAUUAUUCUGAUAAAGCUAAACAAGCACCGUCUGGGAAACAGGACGAUCUUAAUAAAUUACGCGAAUUGGUUUGUUACACCGAUGAUAAAAAGACUUGA